AUUAUUUUGAGGUAGAAUGAGUGUAUUUGGGGAUUUUCAGAGGGUAUGGGUGGAGAGAUUUCCGGAGUCGGCACUUCCUGCUGCAUGGGAAGAGGAUGUGAGGGCGAAUUUGAUAAAACACAAGCAGAAGGUUACAGCGUUGAGAGAGGAGCUUGAGAAAGAAGAAUUCUAUGUGGAGUAUCUGGAGAGACUUCUGGCAGAUGUUGAACAGCACAGAAGACUCGCAGAUAAAUCCACGAUCUCUCCACCGACCCCAAAACCACCGGAAUCACCACCACGUGAUGGACAAUCAGAGAAAAAUCCACCCGAGGUAUCGAAGCCUGAGGAAUCACCCACUGAAUCGUCGAUUCCACCCCUCCCAGUUCGUCAGGAUAUCAGUAAACUGCAGGACAAAUGUGUGUCCGAAUUGAGUUCCUCGUUGCACUCGUCUCGUCGCCCCAAAUCUGAAAUUCCGAAGAGUCCAUCGAAAAUACUCGCUAAUCCAAGGAGAAACAGCGAUCCUGACAUUCCCAGCAAUUAUGUGACUGUUAUUGAGGUCACGGGAAACGCAAAACGGGAAAAAGUUGAUGAAAAUCACGUGAAGGAAGAGUCCGAGAAAGAUGGACUUGAAAAGUCAACGGAGGAAGCUGAAGACGGGGACGGUGAGGCCUCCGAGGAAGAGCCGUACUACGACUCGGUAGCACUCGAUCAAACCGGCGAGUACGUUUACAUAGACGCGCGCAUUCCCCCCCUAAAUCCGGAAAAACCCCCACGACGUCCCCCCUCCCUCCCGGAAUCCCCAGGUAACCGUUCCAACUACGUGAACAUCGACUAUUUUAUUCAACACCGAGCACAAAUUGACUCAGAGGACGAGGAGGCCUCAAAUUCGGCGCCAGCAAUUCUGCUCCGCGCCCUCUCCACGGACAACGAAACCGGGAGUUCCGACGCGGAACCCUUGAGCCUUUCCGAGGGCUCCCUAGAGUCCCCCACGCCGACAACCCCGCGGAAACCCCCGAAAGAUGCAGAUAAUCGCGACACCGAUCGCCAGUCAAUGGUCAAAUGCAUCGUCAACUCGGUCGUCGACUCAGAAACGAUUUACGUCGAGUGCCUCAACGUAAUGCUACAGUACAUGAAGGCUAUUCGCGCGACCUUGACAACCUCACAACCCGUUAUCUCCGAGGAGGAAUUCCAAACGAUGUUCUACAAGAUUCCAGAAUUGCACGCACUCCACCAGAACUUUCUCGACGAUCUUCGCUCAAAACUCGAGAAAUGGGACUCGAAAACAUCGAUCGGUGAACAGUUCAAGGUCAUGGCCUCGAACAUCAAUUUGUAUGGUGCAUUUUUGCAUAAUUAUGCCCGAGCAACGGAUACGGUACGCCGGUGUUCCACCAAUAGCUCACAGUUCGGUGAAAUCACUCGAGACAUUCGGCUGAAGAGUUUUCCAAAAGGUCCGGGACUGUCGCUUGAGGAUCUCCUCCACAAGCCCGUAGCCCGAGUUCAGAAGAAUGCACUGGUGCUUCAUGAUCUUCUCAAACAUACACCAGCGAGUCACUCGGAUCAUGCCCCCUUGAGCGAGGCCCUCGCCAUGACUCGAAAUUUCUUGGACGAGUUCAAUAUCAUUCAAACCAAGUCGAUGUUUCCUAGUCACGAUCGCGCUCAAAGACGUUUAGUAAAGAACUCUUUCAUCGUGGAGCUUGCCGAUGGCCACCGAAAGCUCCGUCAUCUCUUCCUCUUCAACGACGUCAUAGCGUGCGCUAAAUACAAGGCGUCAGGACGAGAUAAAUUUACAUUUGAGCUCAAGUGGUACGUUCCUGUGAGCGAGGCGCUCGUGACGGAAGACGGUAUUGAGCCACGAGAGAAUUCACCAGCUAACGUUGUCUCUCUGCGCUCACAGGCAUGCACCGUGAGAGAUCAGAUACUCUGGGAGGAGAGGAACGACGAGAAGAAGAAUCGUUCACAGAGAUACUCCGAGAAGCACAGAAAGAAACUCGCGGAACUCGAGGCUCAACUGGUGCUCGCAAGCCCAAAUCUAGUGAUGAGAGUCUCGCAGAAACAAGCUAGAGCUCAAAAUUGUUAUACAUUCUUUCUCUCGAGUGAGUUUGAACGGGGCCAGUGGAUUGAGGCGGUGGAGGCGUUGCAGCAGGGUGGAAUGCCACCAGGAAGUCUUCCUUUGUCAAUGUAUGAGCUGCAGGCGUGGGUAACGGCGUGCAGGACUUAUCUGCAGACGGACAUGGGUUCUUAUCUUAUGCGAUCAGGACGGGAUGAGAGUCUUCUCCUGGGGGAUCUUCACUUAACCCUCUUGGGGCUCAUUCCACCCGGUGUGGAGAGGGUGGGAGAUUUAUUCAUUGUUGUAGAGGUCGAUAGUUAUGGGCACUAUUUCAAGAGGGCCAAGAGCAGGAUUGCCAGGGGACAGGCACCAACUUGGGGGGAGACAUUUGUUGUGGAGCUCGAGGGUAGUCAAAACCUCAGGGUGCUCUUGUAUGAGGAGUGUGGUGGGAAGAGUGUGUUGAGGGGUAAAUGCACACAGAAAUUGAGCAGGAGUUGGCUCCAGGGAGAUGGGGUAGAGAGGGGUCUCAAUCUGGGACCAGCGAGCUUGGAUGUGGGACUUAAAUUUGUCCCGAGUGAGGUGACCUUGAGGAGGGUACCCAGUGCCAAGCCCCAGGGGCUUUUUGGCGCUAAAAUUCAACAGGUUUGCAAGAGAGAAAAACGUGAUGUCCCGUUCAUCAUCACUGCCUGCGUCAGGGAAGUUGAGCGCCGGGGGAUGAGUGAAGUCGGUCUCUAUCGAGUUUCAGGAUCGGCAUCUGAUGUUACAAAGCUGAGGAAAUCGUUUGAGAGCAACUCGUACGAAGCUGAGCAGCUGCUCAAAGAGGUUGAUGUGCACUCGGUAACUGGAGUUCUCAAGCUUUAUCUCCGGGAAAUGCCAGAGGCCCUCUUCACAGAUGCCCUUUAUCCCGCGUAUCUUGAGGCCUUUCAAACUGGUGAAAUAAAUAGGGGCCUCGCCCUGAGGAGGGUUCACGAGAACCUUCCUGGGGUCAACAAAGCAGUCAUUGAAUUUCUUCUUGCUCAUCUCAGGCGAGUUAAUAAACACGAGGGCCAGAACAAAAUGUCUCUCCACAAUCUUGCCACUGUCUUUGGACCAACAUUGCUCAGACCUGGCACCAACAACUCAAGGUCAGAUCCAAAGAGCCGUGAUCCACUUGCUGCUGGAACUGUUGAUGUUAUGGCACAAGCCGGUAUUCUCUACUGUUUUUUGCAGAUGAACAGGGAGAAUCAUCAAUCGCUUUAAUCUAGUCCAAAAAUGAUGUUCGAUGGUAGUAUUUAGAUGUAGUGUUACUUUGAGCAGCAGAGAAUGCAGUUAUUUUUUAACUAAGUGAUAUGCUUGACGAUUUUGGGAUUUUCAGGUCCGAGUGCUAUUGUCUAGGGGUUGAACAUGACUCUGUCGGAUAUCGGGAACAAUUUGGAUUUGCAAAAAUGAUUAUUUCGUCAUUUUUGUCAUUGUUUACUCAAGGUCUUUUUGAGGUUAGAAUCGAAAUUUCGAGUUAUCUCGUGAUCUUGUUCGGAAGAAUUGACUUGAGAUGAAUUUGGAAUCGGAAAUUGUUGCAAUUAUCCGAUGGAGUCGUUGAUCCCCUCGGUGCUGUACUUGAUCAGAUCUCUUGGAAAAUAUAGGAGAUAAAUUUUAUGCAGUUAUUUUUUAAGGAAGUGGAAGGUUUGAUGAUGAUUUCUGCGGAUUGCCACGUGAACUGUUACAGGUGGAGUGGAUUUUGUGAUUCUAUUCGAAGCCUAGGAAAUUUUUUUUUAAUCGAAAAAUUGAGGUUUUUGGAUUUUUGAGGCAGAUGAGGAAAAUUUUUUGGGCAUUCGAUGGGGUCUUUUCACUCCGUAGCCGGUCUAUUUGUCGAGAUAUUUUGAAAAAGGAAAAUGAAAAUUUACACUUAAUUUUUUAGCUAAAAUUAAAGAGUCUUGAUACGUCACUUUAAUUUUAGAAUAUUUUCGUACUUCAAGGCAACAAUAUUAAUCGUUUUACGGUAAACCGACUGCUGAGACUGAUAAACCAGUAUCGAGAGCGAAAAUAUGGAACAAAGAAGAGAAGAGGGGAAGAUGGAAAAUUAUAAGACAAUUUUUAUGAAUUUUCUACCAAUUUUUUCGUCUUUUGAGGGUUUUAUAAAAUAUAUAGAUGAAUAUAUAUUUCGUAUUUUUACACGAAAUGAGCUGAGUGCUUCGUAUUUUUCAGAAUUUAGAAGGUAGGUGCCAAAAAUAAAAUAUAAUCCUGAUGAAAUUGCAUUUUUGAGGCAACUUUACUCCAUUUGUACUUCAACGGAUUUCAACAACUCCGAAAAAUUACUAUUAUUACCUGAAGUGGCAGCAAAAUUUUUGAAUUUAUCUACAAUUUUAUCACGAAUUUUUAAUGAAUAUUAAACAAGUUUCCAAGUUGAGAAGAACUUUGAAGAUCUUGAAGAUUUGAUCAGAACACAAAAGAAAUAAUUCACUGAGACAAGGAAAAUUUUUUAAUUAAAAAAACAGACGAGUCAUUCUGCCCCGUAAAAUUUCUGAGAUAUUCAAGAAGAAAAAAUUCAAUUGAAAAUGAUUUUUCUUCAAUAUCUCGUUAAUUAUUGUGGUAAAAUGGAUUUCCAAUUGUUUUUUCGUUGUAAAAUUCGCUUGUCCUUGAACAUAGACUAGAUAAAAUGACUCACAUCUCCGAGAAAAAAUGAUGAGUCGGCUCAUUUGAUUUGUCUCAAGAAUAAUGAGAACAAUUUCUCGUUGUUUAACUCAUUGUCUACCGCAAAAAGGCUUGGCUUGCCGUCCACAAUGCUGCGGACGUGUGUAUAUCCUAUACAUAAUAUUCCUACAAUAAACGAUCAUUAAACAAUGAUGGAAGAGAAUAACCAAACAUACUUAUUAAAAUAUACACAAUUUUGUAACGACGGAAGACAUUUUUUGUAAAUUUUUUUAUAUCGAGUGCGAGAAAAAUUCUAUGACAAUCGAGUAAGAUUGAUCUUUUUCAUACGAUUGUGCUACCAUUAUUAUUAAUAAAAAAAAUAUUGAACUAA